GAGGACUUGGUCUUGCGCUAUAAUUAGAGGAAUCCUUUUCUCCAGUCUCCUGAUUUUCUUUAAUUUGCAUGCAACCAAUUUCUCCAGGCCACCCCAUAUUUUAUUUUCCUCUGGCCGGCAUUACAGGUGUGCCUUGUAGACAAAAACACUAAGAACCAAAAAUGGCUGCAAUGGAAGAAGAUAUCUACACUAGAGAUGGAACUGUAAACAUCCACAAAAAACCUGCUAAUAAGACGAAAACCGGAAACUGGAAGGCAUGCCGUUUCAUUCUUGUAACCGAGUGCUGUGAGAGAUUGGCGUACUAUGGCAUGAGCACCAAUUUGGUAAACUAUCUGAAAAUACGUCUAAACGAAGCGAACGCUUCUGCUUCAACCAUUGUCACAAAUUGGUCCGGAACUUGCUACGUCACACCACUUAUCGGUGCUUUUAUUGCCGAUUCCUUCUUAGGGAGAUAUUUGACCAUCGCCUCUUUCUGUACCAUCUAUGUUCUCGGGAUGACACUCUUGACUUUAUCCGCUUCGGUCCACGGUCUAAAGCCGGAUUGCAGUAACGGCCACUGUCAUCCAACAGCAUCUCAAAAGGGAAUAUUCUUUGCAGCAAUAUACUUGAUUGCAUUUGGGACAGGUGGCAUCAAACCGUGCGUCUCCUCAUUCGGCGCAGAUCAAUUCGACGACAACGAUGAAAAGGAGAAGAAAAAGAAGAGCUCGUUCUUCAACUGGUUUUACCUCUCGAUAAAUGUCGGUGCUCUUAUAGCUUCUUCGGUACUCGUUUGGAUACAAAUGAAUGUUGGCUGGGGUUGGGGUUUCGGUGUUCCAGCUGUUGCCAUGGCCAUUGCAGUUGGCUUCUUCUUCUUCGGAAGCUCUCUGUAUCGGCUCCAAAAACCAGGCGGAAGUCCACUGACACGAAUCGCUCAGGUUUUGGUUGCUUCUGUUAGAAAAUACCGCGUCGAAAUUCCGUCCGAUAAAACUCUUCUCUACGAAACUUCAGAUGUGGGAUCUUUCAUCCAAGGCAGCCGUAAACUCGUGCACACUGAAAAAUUCAGGUUUCUUGACAAAGCUGCCGUAGAAACCGAAGAUGAUAGUCACAAAGGGGCAGUGAAUCCAUGGAAGCUAUGCACAGUGACACAAGUCGAAGAAUUCAAAUCGAUAAUAAGAGUACUCCCUAUUUGGGCAACGGGUAUAGUUUUUUCCGCGGUGUACAGUCAAAUGAACACGAUGUUUAUAUUACAAGGCGACACAUUGGACCAGCACAUGGGCCCUAAUUUCAAAAUUCCCGCUGCAUCUUUAUCGUUAUUCGAUACUCUAAGUGUCAUAUUCUGGGCGCUGGUUUACGACCAAGUCAUCGUCCGGGUCGCAAAAAAGUACACGAAAAACGAGAGGGGGUUUACGCAGCUUCAAAGAAUGGGAAUCGGGCUAGUUAUUUCAAUUUUUGCCAUGAUUUCCGCUGGAAUUUUGGAGGUUGCUAGGCUGAAUUAUGUGAGGAGGAAUAACUAUUACGAUCUCGAAGUUAUUCCCAUGACGAUAUUUUGGCAAGUGCCGCAGUAUUUUUUGGUGGGGUGCGCGGAGGUUUUUACGUUUAUUGGGCAGAUGGAGUUUUUUUACGAUCAAGCCCCUGAUGCUAUGAGAAGCUUGUGCUCUGCACUUUCGCUUACGACUAAUGCUUUGGGGAACUAUUUGAGUACUUUGCUUGUGAUUGUUGUGACGAAAGUGACCACGAGGAACGGGAAGUUGGGGUGGAUUCCGGAUAAUUUGAACGAGGGACACCUGGACUAUUUCUAUUGGCUGCUGGCAGUUCUUAGUUUGAUCAACUUCUUUGUCUAUUUGAUGAUCUCCAAAUGGUAUACUUACAAGAAAGUUGUGAGUGUCGCUACGUGACGACUCCGAGCUAAUCGUAAUCGACCGUGUUUUUAGCUUUUCUUUCUGUUAUUGCAUUUUGUAGUUAUAGUUUUUUUUUUUCUUGUAAAUAAUGCAGAUUUUUUUUUCUUCUUGGAAACAUGAGAUUAGUAUAUUAGUUACUCUUGAAAACUGUGGAAUAAGAUCAAAUUGCUUAAACUCUUUUAUUGAU